AGAACUGGAACUGGGCUCGCCCUAGGGGAAGGCAGCGCGGCCAAUCCGUCCCCUCCCCACACCUACUCUGAGGGGGUGGGUGAUAGAGGAGAGGUUGGGGUUGGAGCAGCGGUGAGGGGGCCCCUCCCUGGCACCUCCCUCCACCAGACUUGGUCGCGCCCGAAGUGUAACACUUUCUCUUUGUCGGAGGAGCUCUUCUGUUUCCUGUGCAGCAGCUCCCGUUGCGGAGGCACCCGUAGCAGCCCUGGCGGACCAAGGAGCGAUGGCAGCGGCCGAUAUAACUCGCCAGGUGGGCGAAGAUUGUCGAACUGUCCCCCUGGCUGGACAUGUGGGGUUUGACAGCUUGCCUGACCAGCUGGUGAAUAAGUCAGUCAGCCAGGGCUUCUGCUUCAACAUCCUGUGCGUGGGGGAGACAGGUUUGGGCAAGUCCACCCUCAUGGAUACCCUGUUCAACACCAAGUUUGAAGGGGAGCCAACGACCCAUACACAGCCAGGUGUUCAGCUCCGGUCCAAUACCUACGACCUCCAGGAGAGCAACGUGGGGUUGAAGCUCACAAUUGUGAGCACUGUAGGCUUUGGGGACCAGAUCAACAAGGAGGACAGCUACAAGCCCAUCGUGGAAUUCAUUGAUGCUCAGUUUGAGGCCUACCUACAGGAAGAGCUGAAGAUCCGGAGAGUACUGCACUCCUACCAUGACUCCCGAAUCCAUGUCUGCUUGUAUUUCAUUGCCCCAACAGGACAUUCACUUAAGUCUCUGGACCUCGUAACCAUGAAGAAGCUGGAUAGUAAGGUGAACAUCAUUCCUAUCAUCGCCAAAUCGGAUGCCAUUUCUAAGAGUGAGCUGGCAAAGUUCAAGAUCAAAAUCACCAGCGAACUUGUGAGCAACGGAGUCCAGAUUUAUCAGUUCCCCACAGAUGAUGAGUCGGUGGCCGAGAUCAAUGGAACCAUGAAUGCCCACCUGCCGUUUGCUGUUGUUGGCAGCACAGAAGAAGUGAAGGUUGGCAACAAGAUGAUGUGGGCUCGGCAGUAUCCUUGGGGGACUGUGCAGGUUGAAAAUGAGGCCCACUGCGACUUUGUGAAGCUGCGGGAGAUGCUGAUUCGAGUCAACAUGGAGGAUCUGAGGGAGCAGACCCACACCCGGCACUAUGAAUUAUACCGCCGCUGUAAGCUGGAGGAGAUGGGCUUCAAGGACACCGACCCUGACAGCAAACCAUUCAGUUUACAGGAGACAUAUGAGGCGAAGAGAAAUGAGUUCCUAGGAGAGCUCCAGAAGAAAGAAGAGGAGAUGAGACAGAUGUUUGUCCAGAGAGUCAAAGAGAAAGAAGCUGAGCUCAAGGAGGCCGAAAAGGAGCUGCAUGAGAAGUUUGACCGUCUGAAGAAACUGCACCAGGAAGAGAAGAAGAAGCUGGAGGAUAAGAAGAAAUGUCUGGAUGAGGAGAUGAACGCCUUCAAGCAGAGAAAGGCGGCGGCUGAGCUGCUCCAGUCUCAGGGCUCUCAGGCUGGGGGCUCACAGACUCUGAAAAGAGACAAAGAGAAGAAGAAUAAUCCAUGGCUGUGUACUGAAUAGUAUGCCCCGCUACAGCUGGACUGGACUCCACUUAGCCUUUUAAGCGAAAGUUCUUAUUUUAACUGACAAGUUAUUAUUUUUUUUUUCUUUAAUGGUGCCAGACAUCUGGGCCCUCCACCCCUGCUCUGGUACUUCAAACAUUUUGUUUUUGUUUUUUGGUUUUUGUUUGUUUUGAGUUCUGCAACUUGCUUCUGCCUCUCAGUCCCACUGGCAUGGACCUAGACCUUCUAUUUUCUUGUUAUAAAGGUGGCUGUAUGAUCACUACCUCUAAAAAAAAUCGCAAGGUGAUAAUAAAUGUGCAGGCCCUCUGAACUGUUAAAAAAGUGCAGGGGCCGUUGUCUACAAUUAUAGUUAAUAACUUGAACCUAAGACUAAGCCCAAAGCAGAACUAGUUAAAAGCAAGCAAGUCAAUGUGUGCACUUUCUCUUUUCUUGUUGGCAAAGAGAGAAGGUGGUUUUGAUGUGUACUAGCCAGUGGCCAGAGGCAAGGUGACAAAGUGAAAGCUAGUCCUUGGAAAAUCAACUGGAAGUGGAGAAUUUCAGGAAACCCUAUGCCUAGAGGCAAAACAAAACAAACCCAGCCACGACUGAGAACUGAAAGCCCUAAAGCAGAAUCUCCAAGUAUCUCAGAUACUAUCAGUAGUAGGGAGAGUCAGGCUACUGAGUUAAGGCUGUCUGGUUCUCCCUGAGAAAGGCCCCUUAUAUGUAGCCAUGGGGUUCUGUGUGUUUGUUUUUAAAAACAGGUUCUUACUAUGUAGCCCUGGCUGGUCUUGAAAUCACAAUCUAAACGAGGCUGGCCUGAAAUUCACAGAGAUUUGCCUACCUUAUUUCCUGAGUGCUGGGGUUAAAGGCAACCACCACCACACCCAGCUGCCUUAAGGGUUUUAAUCCACCUUCCCAGCCUGCCUGCCGGCCAGAAAGUAUCAUCUUCCUUAAGAAGUACUUGUAUUUGUAAAUGAGGUCUUUCAUUUGCAUUUGUGUAUAAACUCACUACUUGAGGCUGGAGGAUCUCAAAAUACUUCACAAGUAUUUGAGCUACACAACCUUCCAAAAGCAAGCAGAAAUUGUAUAUAAAGUGAGAAGCUUUUUGAUCUGCAUGGCUGAUAUACCUUCAUCCCAUGCUGUAGGAAGAUAUUGGCACGUAGAGAAAUGAAGGGACUCAUCCAAGGUCCCACUGCUAUUCUUAGGCAAAGCUCAAGCAAAUAUUUCAAUUUCCUGUCGCUGGGUUCCCAAUCCUUUUCACCAAGGGAUCCAAGAAUUUAUGUAUCUUCCUGGAGACAAGAAUUUUUUUGAUGUUCGAAGAAACCACUGUUAGAUGACUCUUGAGGGUUUUCACAUAGAAGAAUAGGAUGGGGUGGGUAGGCACAGGUGAAGAGAAGGCUCCGGGGCAGCUGCCAUGAUGCUGGAUGAUCAGUUAGCUCUAAGUCUGUAAGUCUUACAGAUGAUCAGUUCCUGUGGCUGUAAGUCUGUAACUCUUACAGACUAUCAGAUCCUGUAAGUCUGGACCAGAACCAGGCCAGUGUACAUUUUACUGGUGCACUGUGUAAUUAGGGAACUCAGGUGGAUAUAAAAAGCAAUUGAACUUAUUAAAAGAUGAUGCUAAAUUUCAUUGAGAAGUUUGUCUCACUGUAAAUGGAAAAACUUUUGUUUUUACUUCACUUGAAAGUCUUUAAUUAGUACAGUUGUUACUUUUUUUUUUUUUAAAUACUCUAAGUUCCCUGUUUACUUCUAGUGAAACAAAAACCACUCAUUAGAAAUGGUCUGUCUUUUCCAGACUGGAAUGGAAUGGCUUCCUGAAGUGUACACACACACACACACACACACACACACACACACACACACAGCCUUCACAGCCUUCAUUUCUCUUAAGCCAAGAAGUCUGUUUUCUCCACCUGGUUUGGAUUUUUUUUUAAUCAUUUGGCAUUCACAUUUGGCUGUUAAUAUGUGCUUCUUUUUAAAUUAAAGCAAGAUGCAAUUAAA